AUGUCUAACCACCGCAAUUUGAAGGAUUUGUUUCCCUCAAAAUUGAAUUAAAUGAAACCAAAAGUUCAACAAAGUGAAACAACAAAGUAAACUCAUAAAUCACCUUUGGGUCUAAGUUAAUUUACAAGUUUUUUUCAAUUAGCUCAAUUGUCAUCUAAAAAUAAAAACAAAUAAUCUCAACAGAGAAGUGUAACACCUUAAAAAAUAAAAAUUGUUCAAUUAAAUAUACAAAAAUAAGAUUAAUCACAAAUCUAAAUUCAAUCUAAGCAUUUACGAAAUUAGAGUGCAUCGAAUAUCAAUAGCAGCAGAAGUAAUUCAUUUUUUAAAGAAAAACAAGAUUACUUAUUCUAAAAUACAAGUUCUCGCAGUCCUAUUCAAACAUUUUUGAAAUAGGAAUUAAAAUAAUCAAAACUAUUAAUCAAUUCCCAGUUGCAUCACUAGUAGGCUUCAAAUUUAGACUUGUAAAGCAAAUCCAAAGAUUAAUCCCCUAUUAAACCAGCAUUUUACGAUAAUUUAGACAUAAUCAAUAGGAAUACUGCAAGAAAAAAUUCUCAAUCUCCGAAUACGUCAAUUUAAAAAAUAUCUCCUUUUAUUAAUCUUAAACAAUCGAGUUCAACCAACAUCAAAUACCCAGAUCAUCAGAUAAAGCAAUAAAAUAGUUUGGUCAAAGAAAAUAAACCUGCAGAUAAACCAUAUCAAUUAAUCAAUCAUGAGGUUCCGUAAAUCCAGAUAAAAAAGCAAGAGUUUCAGGUGCCUAGCCAAUUUAAAUAAAGCAAAGGACUUGAUAAUUUAUUUAACUCUAUGUUAAGUAUUUAGCACAUAUCGCAUAUUUCGAGAAAUGAAAAUUCAAAGAGCAUUUUUAGAUAACAAGAGAAGCCUCAAUCCAGUGAUGAUGAAGAGGAAACUUUGAUUGUCGAUUGCAAUAUCUAAAUCAACAAGUAUAGUUUUCAAUUUCAUUACGUGAUUGGCAAGGGAGGUUUUGGAAAGGUGUGGAGAGUUGAAAUGAAAAAAAGCAAAUAAUAUUAUGCAAUGAAAGAGAUGUCAAAAGCUAAAAUAAUAGCGAAACGGAGUGUUAAUUCUGUCAUGAAUGAACGUAAUCUUUUAGCUUAAUUCAAACAUCCCUUUUUAAUCAAUAUGAAUUAUUGUUUUUAAGAUAGAGAAAAUCUCUAUCUCGUAAUGGAUUUAUUGACUGGAGGAGAUCUGAGAUAUCAUAUUGGAAAAAUGAGAAGAUUCAAAGAGCAUCAAACAAAGUUCUUUAUUGCCUGUGUGUUUCUUGCACUAGAAUUCUUACAUAAUAAUAAUAUUAUUCAUAGAGACUUAAAACCUGAAAACCUAGUUUUAGAUAAACAGGGGUAUGCAAGAUUGACGGAUCUAGGGAUUGCAAGAGUGUGGAAAUCAGAGAAUUCUCAAGAUACAAGUGGAACACCAGGAUAUAUGGCUCCUGAAGUUAUGUGUAGAUAAAAUCAUACUAUAGCAGUGGAUUACUUUGCAUUGGGAAUAAUGGGCUAUGAAUUUAUGUUAGGAAGGAGACCGUACAAUGGAAGAUCAAGAUAAGAAAUUCGUGAUCAAAUUUUGACUAGAUAAGUGCAAAUCAAAAGGUCUGAAAUACCUGAUGAUUGGUCGGUGGAGGCUGCAGAUUUCAUCAACAAGCUUAUUUAGAGAAAGCCUGCGAACAGAUUAGGAUUUAAGGGACCUGAGGAAGUGAAAAAUCAUCCUUGGCUUCGUAAUUUCCCAUGGUAAAAACUCUUGAACAAAGAGAUCGAGUCUCCUUAUAUUCCGAAAUAAAUUGAUGAUAAUGUGGAAUAUCUGAAUUAAAUAAGCGAAGAUAAUGAUAGUUAGGAUGAAUUAAUUAAAGAAAAUAAGCUUUUACUAAAAAAGAAUUCAGUCCAAAAUUUAUUUAGUGGAUAUAGUUAUGAAUGUAAUACAAAAUACACUAAGAGUACAUCUAGUACUCUUUUUUUGGGAUGA